GACACCCAUUGUCAGAGGAAAGGAGGGUAGCUGCCGUUGAUAGGGCUGCCGUCUACUCUGAAGGAGGAGACCAUGCUGAAGCAUCUUUUUAAGAUACCUUCCAUUCUGAACAUCAGAAAAGAUCAUCUAAUAUUAUCCUAUGUUUGAAAAAAAAGAUGAAUUUGAGGUGAUUGUUCACUUGGUUCUGUUGCCCUGAAUUUACUGCAGAGCAGACCCCUGGAAAGACACAAUGCAGGAAAAUAGUGCUGUGCUAUGAUACAGUGUCUCAUACCUGCAUAACCAACUCAUCUGAGCAAAGAUCACAAGGCUCCUGAGACGAUUUCAUCUGUGAUGGAAUGACUUCUGGGAAACUGCUUCAGCAAAGGGCACCCAGCAUCUGUGCCCUCACUGAUCCAUGACGAAGUCCGAAAUGAACCACACUUGGAUGUAUAACCUGAGUUUUGGUGCACCUGCACAUCCUGUUGAGCCAAGGGCUGGACUCUCACGAAGUGGGCACACAGUAGUGGCUGUUUUUCUUGGAUUAAUCUUGUUUUUUGGUUUCUUGAAUAACUUGAUUGUCCUCAUCCUCUUCUGCAAGUUCAAAACCCUGCGUAACCCAGUCAACAUGCUUCUCCUGAACAUCAGUGUCAGUGACAUGUUAGUGUGCAUCUCAGGCACCACCCUCAGUUUUGCAUCCAACAUCCGUGGGAAAUGGAUUGGAGGGGACCAUGCUUGUAGGUGGUAUGGCUUUGUCAAUUCCUGCUUUGGUGUCGUGUCGCUGAUCUCCCUGGCUGUGCUGUCCUAUGAGCGCUACAGCACUCUCACCCUGUGCCACAAGCGCAGCCAUGAUUUCCGCAAGGCUCUGCUGGCAGUUGGUGGUUCUUGGAUUUAUUCCUUGGUGUGGACCGUGCCACCUCUGCUUGGCUGGAGCAGUUAUGGGGUAGAAGGUGCAGGCACGAGCUGUUCAGUACGCUGGUCCUCAGAGUCGGCUGAGUCCACGUCCUACAUCAUCUGUCUCUUCAUCUUCUGCUUGGCUGUCCCCGUGACAGUCAUGGUGUACUGCUACGGGCGCCUCCUGUACGCGGUCAAACAGGUUGGAAAAAUCCACAAGAGUGCUGCCCGCAAAAGAGAAUACCACGUCCUGUUCAUGGUGAUCACUACAGUUAUCUGUUACCUGCUGUGCUGGAUUCCAUAUGGGGUUAUAGCAUUGCUUGCAACAUUUGGCAAGCCGGGUGCUGUGACUCCUGUUACAAGCAUCAUACCUUCCAUCCUAGCAAAAAGCAGCACUGUUUGUAAUCCCAUUAUCUACAUACUUAUGAAUAAACAGUUUUACAAAUGCUUUCGCCAGCUUUUCCACUGCCAACCUCCUUCCUCCACUGAUGGAGAGCCCACCUACCAUUCCAAGGUAACUGUUAUCCAGCUGGGUCAGAGGGUGGACGGUGGAAACGUGUGCAAUAAUGAACCACAUCCAGAAACAGACAGUAAAAUGACUUCUCUCCUGUGCCCAGAGACAACUUCAAAAGCUAUACCACCACCAUCUUAGAAAAACUGGCUCUGAUGGAAAAUACAAGCCUUAACCAAAGUGUGUUUUAUUAUUUCACUGCCACAUUACCAAGCUAGCUCUACAAGUAAUAAAGGAAGUUGCCAUUUGUGGGACUGAAGAACUGUCAAGAACAAAAAUUGUGACCCCUUAAUAAUAGAAAAUUAGCCACUUAGCUCCAGAUAUGGUUCAACCAUAACAAAAUUUUAGGCAGUAUCAUUGACUUUCCAGUAAAUUAAUUAAUGGAGGACUUAGAAGUGGUAGAGUUUUACCUUCUAGUCAUCAGUGGUUCAAUGUCCUCCAGAAUCAACCAAAAAGGUUCUCUGGGCUAUUUAAUUUAGCUUCUUACUUUUCCUGCCUGGAUCCAUCCAGACCAUGUCUUGGGAUUUCAGUCUAGGUUGCUCAUAAAUAACCAUAGCAUCUACUUACAUUUUUCUCAUGCUGGACAAUGAUGUUUGGCAGAAGGAAAGACAUUGACUUGGCAGACUAUUUUUUGAGUGGUAACUGCUAAGUUAUAGCACAUUCUUGUGUUGAAGUCUGAAAGAUGAGCUACAACAACAAGUAGGGAUUACCACACACAGAACCGUCUCUGUGCUAGAGGCUUAUCUGCCCUGGUGGAAUCAGGAGGACUCCUGAUACUUCCAGGCCUUGGGUACAUGUCCAGUGCUCAAACCCUAGUCUGUGCAAAAAUGGUGGUCAGUGCCAGGCUGUUCUUCUUUUAGCACCUCUAACACUGCAGACCCCCAGCCCAUGGGACCAACAGUGUGAUACAACCAGGACUUCCAUCCAAACUGUCUGUGGGUGAGAUGCAGGAUAACAUCCUGCAUGGGACCAACAGUGUGGUACAACCAGGACUUCCAUCCAAACUGUCUGUGGGUGAGAUGCAGGAUAACACAUGAACCUGAGGAGGUAGGGCCCUCUACUUAGCUGGCAGAGCCCCCAGAUUCUCCCUUGAAAUUAUCUGCUGUUCUGCACUGCAUUUAAAAAAAAAAAAAAAAAAAACAAGAAAACAAGGGGAUAGAGAAGGAAGAAUAAAAAAAAAAGUACUUUUUGGAAAGGAAGCCAUCUUUUUUGUACAAAUACAUCCCUCUGUGAAACAGAGAAGAAAUGGUUUAAUUUCUGUCUCAUGCCUUGGAGUAUGUGAAACCACUCCACAGGGGACAGUCCUAGUGUUAUAGAGCCAUUACUGCAAACUCAGUUUACAAAAAAUGUUAAUUGAACAUUUUUAAAAGAAUGGCAGUAAUUUAGACCACUAGGACAUUUACAUCAGUCCAUGUACUAAGAUAUAUUCAGGUUUUAUUCUAUGUUUUUUCUAAUGCCAUGUGUCUAGGUUGUUUUUCCUAAGUCCCUAAAACAGCACGGCCAACAGAGCUCCCUGGACUACAGGUCUCACAUUCCAUCCCAUGUUUUUUCAUACCACUCUUUACCUCCGUUCCUCUCUUUGCUUGGUUUUAACAUUGCAGAGAGCUACUGACAUCUUUAUCCAGCAGAUAUAAGUGUGCCAAGCUGUCUAUAUUUUCAUCUACUUUCCCUUCUCUUCUCCAUUUAGCUUCAGUGAUAUUAUGCAUUUUUUAAAUCACCAAUUGCUUUGUGCCACUUACAUGACCCCCAAAAUAGUUUUUACAUUUUGUUUGAACAUUAAUGUUUUGGUUGCAGUCUCAAAGCUAAAGAAGAGGAAUGUGCCUAACUGCUUUCAGACUCAAUCUUGCUUCCAUUAACUCAUUUUGCUCUCCUGUCUAUUCUGAGAAGUACCAUGUUGCUUCCCAAUUGUUACCUUUACACAUUCUGUCUGUAUUACUGCUUUCUAAGUUUCUCUUUUGUGGCUGAAUUUCCUGGCAUAUUCUCCCCCACCUGUAGUGCCAAAGUGUGCCUUGUUUCUGCCCUAUCCCUGUACUGCCCUCUGAGUAUGUCUUUAUACUUAGUUCUUUUGCAUGUGUACUUUUCACAUCACUGCCCAAUUCAACAUCAUCUGCAUCGACUUUGUUCCAUAUCUCAACACUCCUCCAGGAUUAUCAGUAUUAAUGAAAACCUCAUUGUUUGAUAGCCUGUAAGGUGAAGAAUUUCCAUAUGAUACAAUUCAAUAUUUGUCUUUGGUAACAGUCCUUGCAACAAUUUUCAGGUCAACGCACAAUUAUUAUAUAUACAAAACAGCACAGACUGUCUUACACGUGACCUAAGGGGCUAUUAAUAGACAGGAUGGGACAGUCUUUGUCCCAACACAAUACAGAGUUGAUACAGUAAGAAUUAUUAAUACAGUAAGAAUUAAUCUUACUGAGCUGUUCAUGCCCAUCUCUGACCUUGCUGGUUUAAAGCAUUCUUUACAGACAAUGCAGGAGACAGGUAUUUCUAGGGCAAAACUCAUCUGACUUACUUUAGGUGUCUCCUUUAGGAUGUGUUGAAUUGUUCACUGAUAGAGAACUGUCCUUUUAGUGCUGCUUCUCUCCACUGACUAGAAACCAAAAUUAAGAGUCUGGCACUUGGCUAUCAAGAACCUUCUCCUCUACUCUCCUCUGUAAGUAGCUUUUGGAGCAUCAUGAAAAAUAGUAUUUUGUGCUUCUUUUCCAGAAGCACAAUGAGAAGAAACAGAAACAAGGCAGGAUCAGUUGUCCCCCUGGUGCAGUUACCCACACCUGAGAUAGGUAUCACAAUCUGCUUUGCUGUCAGCAGACGAAAGUGGGCACUUUUGGGAAGCAGUGCAUGUCUGAAGGAUCAUACAAACCAUUCCCCAGAAGCUCUUGCUUUUUUUCUGUUCGCUGUAGGGGAAGCCUGAGUAGCAGCAUGAAUAGCUGUACUCCCAGUAUGGGAUGAAAAUUUCACAUGUUGAGGACAAUUUGGGGCUCACAGUAAUAUUUAAGGGGAACCUAUUUUUUGGUCUAAUAAUUCUAAGGGUGACUAACACAAAUACAGACCUGCACCAGAAACAGCUGAAGUCAGGAAGCACAAAUCCUGCUCUCUGACUGACCCAGACAUGGACCAUACAGUUAUGGCAAAUUUAUGUGCAAGGAUUAAUCCUUGCUGAAGGGAGAUGUGGGGAUUUUUUCCAGCAUUCAUAAAUACUAAGGUACAGGAAUGGGAGUAAAAACAGAGAAUUACAAAGUAUUUAAGGAAGGCCAUUAGACAUGCACAACUUGAGAAAACAUAAAACCUGAAAGGGAAAGCCUAUAGGCUGUCUAGAGCAUCUAAAUAGAAAAAAGCUUUUUAGAUCUUAGACAUCCAAUCCAUGUUUCAUAUUAGUGAAAAGGUCAGGGUAUCCAGCCUGAUUUUAGUUUUGACAAGCAUAACUGGUGCUGCCAGACAUUCAAAAUCACAACCAAAGAUAAUUCUGCAUAGGCCACUCUAAUCUAAUUCUAAUACCCUUGAUUUUUCAAAGUCAUUUGGAUUACAAUUGUAAAACUGGAAAAAUGCAAAAUAAUUCUGCCUGUUUUGUGGUAGAACAUUCAAAGAAGGUGUGCUUUGUCAAUGUUUUAUAGUUGAAUGGCAAUGUUUGUGAACACCCAACUGAACAUUUUAAAAAAAAGAAAGGAAAAAAAAGAAU